CUGUAGAAAUCCUGCUUCGUGCGUCGUUCCUCCAUUGUCGCCGUCCCACGGAGAACCAACCAUGGCCCUGGCCGCCGCCCUCGCCCGGGCCGCCACGCGCCUCCUCCGCGGGGGCCUCCCGCCUGCCGCCUCCGCCGCCGCCUCCGUGCCAGUUCUCUCGCCCCGCAUCCACCGCCAGCUGUGCGGCCUCCCCGCCGCCGACGAACCCUCCACUGCGGGGGAAGCCGAUCCUUGGGCGGAAGCCGAGGCGGAGAUCCUCCGCGACGUCAAGCCUGUCGUGGAGCUCGUCAAGGACAUCCUCCACACCUGCAGGUAUGGAAAUGGUGGAUUUCUAAGCCCAAAUGAUGAAAAGGUUGUAGUAGAAAAGCUUCUUUCCUAUCAUCCUCGUGCAGAUGAGAAGAUUGGUUGUGGGAUUGAUGGUAUAAUGGUUGACAGGCACCGUGGGUUCAGGUUUUCAAGAUGCCUCUUUGUUGUUAGGACAAACGGCGAUUGGGAGGAUUUCUCAUACCGCAAGUGUCUCCAGGCAUACAUAAAAGAAAAGUACCCAUCUUACGCAGACAGGUUUCUGCAGAAACAUCUUGUUAAUAGGUCAGAACUUUUUCGUGUUCGGAAGUAGGAAAUCUUUUACAUGGUGGCUCCUUUGCCAAAAUCAUUUGUUUCCCUAGUUAUUAUGAUGCUAUAUUGUUGCCUAUAUAUAGCACUGGCUUGACCGACCUUCUUUAGCCGUUUAGCCUACAUAGCUGGCUCGAAUAGGCCGUUACUCCCCAGGCUUUUGGUGAAUACUGAUGGGCCUUGGACCUCAGCAUCUCCUGCGCGUGAGGCACUGCUGCUGCUGAUGUAAUAGAAGUGUUGUGUGAUAUUUCAUUCCAUGAAAUGGAUGCUAUAGUACAUCCUGCAUUCCUGCUAGUCUGUUCCAACUCUUUUGUUUGA